CCCAUCAGAGUGCCCCCUUACAUCAAGGUCCCCAUCAGAGUGCCCCCUUACAUCAAGGUCCCCAUCAGAGUGCCCUCUUACAUCAAGGUCCCCAUCAGAGUGCCCUCUUACAUCAAGGUCCCCAUCAGAGUGCCCCCUUACAUCAAGGUCCCCAUCAGAGUGCCCUCUUACAUCAAGGUCCCCAUCAGAGUGCCCUCUUACAUCAAGGUCCCCAUCAGAGUGCCCCCUUACAUCAAGGUCCCCAUCAGAGUGCCCCCUUACAUCAAGGUCCCCAUCAGAGUGCCCUCUUACAUCAAGGUCCCCAUCAGAGUGCCCUCUUACAUCAAGAGUGCCCCCUUACAUCAAGGUCCCCAUCAGAGUGCCCCCUUACAUCAAGGUCCCCAUCAGAGUGCCCUCUUACAUCAAGGUCCCCAUCAGAGUGCCCCCUUACAUCAAGGUCCCCAUCAGAGUGCCCUCUUACAUCAAGGUCCCCAUCAGAGUGCCCCCUUACAUCAAGGUCCCCAUCAGAGUGCCCUCUUACAU